CUACAGGAUUUUUUUAAAACCGUCCAGCAGUCAUUGUGCUGAACAGAACUCAACAGACUUAUACUAGCGAGUCUUUCAUCUUGCAAGAACCAGCGAUAAAAUGACUAUGUCAAAGGGUGUACGCGUGGGCUCGAUCGCAAUUGGAUGUUCGCUGUCGGUACUCACAUUCAUCUCCAUGAUCUGUGGUAUUGUCGCGAUGAGCAAAAUGAGCAGCCCAGCUGCUGUUAGUAUCGGUUUAUGGGGACUUUAUGUAAGUAUAACAUUUCACAGUAUUAGCGGUGAAGAUUGCAUUUCCGUGUAGGCCUUGUCCCUUAUACCAUACCAUACCAUACCAUGAGACAGAUCAGUUAAACUAGAAUUUUACGUCCUACAAUAUUUUACAGUUUUAUAAGAAAAGACUUCUUUAAUGGAAUUCUUUAAGUUUUGUGAAAUGGAAAUCGCUACCCAUCGCUUUUAAGACUUUAACUGAACACGACAAUUUUUAUAAAUAAUGCGAUGUAUCUAUAUUGAUACUAUUAUAUAAUUGUACAUGUGCAUGCUAAUUCUUUAUACUAUUUUUGAAACUUUUAAUAAUUUGUUAUUGUUUUACAAACCCUGCAGCAUCGUGGAAACCAGUUUCAGCUGAGAAUGUUAGUUUGGAUAAAUAUAUAUAAAGAAUAUAUUGGUAUAGAACAAACUUAGCAAGCACUGAUGAUAUUCCAGCAUAUUUAUGACCGUUUAGUGAAAGCUCAGUCGUGCAACUAACUAUUCUUAGUAUUCUGAGAAGCUUUUCCAAACUUCAGCCUUUAUAAUUGGUACUAGUGAUAAAAAUUAAAUGGAUGUCUAAAUGGCAAAUUUCCGGCUGUAGUAGUUCAAAAUAACGGUAUCUUGAUGGAAAUGAACUUUUAAUAUUCUCUACUAUGUUUACUCGUUAUCAGGAAUAAAAUGGCGACCAAACAUAGUUCAACGUUUGAGGAUAUUUUUUUCGUACUGCCCACGCAUUGCCAUUGGGCUUUCGAAAACGAAGAUUCCCACGAAAACCUAAGGUGGGUCUUCGCUUUCGUAUAUAACUACGAAAACAAAGACCCCCUAACGAAAACCCGUCCUCGUUUUCCUAGUACGAAAUCAACGACCCAUAACAUAUUUGUGUAGUUAUUUUUAUAGUAAAAAUUACCGUGCGUUUGUAUGGACAAGCGCUGGCCCAGUUGCCGAGAUCUCGCUUAAAAAAGGCGAGGCCUCGUUUAUCGUUCUCCUUAUAAACACUCACAAGCAGGCUGGCCCAGUUGCUGAUUUUUAACAACAAGCAUAUUUUAAUUUGGUCAACUGCAUGUUGUCAUUGUUCGACUGAGAUAUUAUAUUUAUAUUGAAUAUUUAUAGAACGUUCUGGAAAAAUUCAGUGUUACAAUAACAGUCUCCAACACAUGUAUCAACUCAUAAGAAUAACUUUUGUUUUAUUUGAGAUGGAAUUAUAAUAUCAGCUACCGUACGUUGUCGAUGGAGGCUUUCAGUAUUAUUUAGCAUUAUUAGUUUUGCAUUUUCCCAUUGAUUCUUAUGACCUGCAUUUUUUACGUUUUCUAAAUUCCUGGGCGAUAGGCCGUGACUGAUGGGGGCCUCUAACUGUUGCCGGACAAAUAACCCUACCCAUGAGCGCUACGCCACUGCAUGUGACAAUACAACAAAAUGAAACUAAAGUCAUAAGUAUCAUUUUAAGUGUUAACACGCCUUUUGCCGAAGAAAAAGAACACUUCGUUUUAAUAACAGCUAGCGGAAGUCUGCUGCGGUUGCCACGUUGUAAAAUUUAGCCGGUGGCUGUGGGUAUACGAAUUAUUUAAUGAUUGCAUAUUUAUUUUAAUUGUUAUGUUAUGUCACAGCUUCUAGUUUGCUCUAGCCAUUGGCAUUAGCCAUUUUAACGUGUUUAUUUUGUUUAAUUUUAGUUUGCAAUUCCUGGAGUCUUUAGUGUCCUAGCUGGAUACAAAAGGCAGUCAAGUUUG